CGGGAAAUUUCAAACAGCAGCUUCCGUCCACCAAGCACGACGAACUGUGUGGCUGCUUCCACAACCCCGCACACGCACUCUCCCUCCAUCUCUCGCUUGCUCUCACUCUCGCUCUCCGUCUGUCACUGUGACCGUUGAGUGGAGAAAGUGAGCAUGCCACUGACGGAACUGUGCAGCGGCAAUGACGCUGGUGCUGGCGUGAGCGCAGCGCCGCAGAAGAAGCAAAAGAGCUGCGAUGGCAACGUGCAUGAACGUCAACAGCACGGCGAAGAAAACGCAGGCGCAGGCAGGAACCCGCAGCUCUUGUUCAAGCGACUGAUCGCAAAAGCCAAAGAGAAGCAGGCAGCCUGCCAGUACAGGGCCGCCCUCAAGAAGUACGAGAAGGCCGCCACCCUCUUCACCACUCCAAAGCUGGCGAAACGCAUCGAAAAGCUCAAGGCCAUCAUUGCGCAGUGCAAGCCGCUCGGGGACGGGUUUGUGCUGGACCCAAACACGGGCUGCUGUGUGCUGGAUGAGCGCUUCUUCUUGCCCCAGGACACGUACGAGAAGCUGUACAAGCACCAGCGUGAAGGUGUCAAGUGGCUCUGGACGCUCUUCAAGAACCAGCACGGUGGCAUCCUCGCCGAUGACAUGGGUCUGGGCAAGACCGUGCAAGUGUCGUCGUAUCUCGAUGGCCUCUUUGCCUCGGAGCUGAUCCACUCCGCGCUGAUUGUGCUGCCACUCUCGCUCGCCGCCACGUGGAAGAAGGAGCUCGCGUUUUGGGCACCAAACGUCAACGUGCAGGUGUUCCACGGCACACGAAAGGCCGCACGGAGGAAGGCCCUCAUGUCCGUCCUGAAGGAAGGCGGCAUCUGUCUGACCACGUACGGGAUGGUGCUGUCGUCAACGGAUGACCUCAACCACGAAGGUCACGUGUGGGACUACGUCAUUCUUGACGAAGGGCACAAGAUCCGAAACCACACAAGCCAGAGUGCAAAGGCAAUUCGCGAAGUGAACACAGACAACAGAAUCAUUCUCAGCGGCACACCCAUCCAGAACAAGCUGGGCGAGCUGUGGGCGCUGUUUGACUUUGUGUGCUUUGGCACGCUGCUUGGAUCCCGUCGCACCUUCACAAAUGAGUUUGAGAAGACAAUUGUGCAAGGUUCCGACCGAAAGGCCACCAGAAUGCAGAAGCUGGACGCACAAGAGGUUGCGGAGACGCUGCGGAAAUUGAUUCAGCCACACUUUCUCCGACGCGAGAAGAAAACAGCGCUUUGCUCAGGAGGUGGCGACCAGGGCAAGACAGCACAAGAUGCCGUGCUGGCUGGCUGUGCUGUUGUGGACGACAGCCCUGACCAAGCAGCCUCCGCAUGCAAACAGCUGCCAACGGAUGCCAACGAUGAUGACGAUGAUGCUGGCGGUGCAGUGAAGCAUGAGAGCGGCGCGCCCAAGUCGCUACCACGCAAGGACGAUCUGGUGAUGUGGAUUCGGCUGUCUGAGCUGCAGGAACGCAUCUACACGCAUUUCCUCAACUCCGAACGCGUGCAAGAGAUUCUCAACUCGACCAAGUCCCCGCUCGCCGCCCUCAAUGUCAUGAAGAAGUUGUGUGAUCACCCGCGCCUGCUGCGUGGACAGCAGCAGUACCACGUUGCUCUUGGUUUCCGCGACGCUGAUGAGAAAACAGACACUGCACGUGACGACAGCACAAACGGACGUGGAAGCAGCAGCAGCAGCAGUCGCAACAACAGCUAUGAUCACGGCGCUGGAGAUGAUGAUGAUGAUGACGACGAUGAUGAUGGUGUGGGCACGCUUGGUGUUGAACGGUUGGACUUGAACACGACAGCAGCAGCGCUGAACGGAGCAGAUUCACAGCUGCACGCUGGCAUGUCCACUGUUCUCGAUGAAGAGACGGUCAACGCAAUCUUCAACCCGCAUGUGUCAUUGCACGAUGUGGUGAAGCAAUCUGGCAAGCUGCGCUUCUGCGUGCAUUUGCUUGAGCAGUUGCGACAGGAGGGCCACCGCGCUCUCCUCUUCAGCCAAUCCCUCAAAAUGCUCGACAUCAUCAGCGCCGUCCUCAACGAACAGGGCGUCAAACAUUCGCGCCUGCAUGGUGCCAUCAGCGACACGGAUGAGCGGCAGAAAAUCGUUGAUGACUUCAAUAGCGACGCGUCCAUCUUCUGCAUGCUUCUCACCACGCAAGUUGGUGGUGUUGGUCUCACACUCACAGGGGCAGACCGCGUCAUCAUCUUCGAUCCAAGCUGGAACCCGUCCACAGACGCACAGGCCGUCGACAGAGCCUACCGAAUUGGGCAAACGCGCCGUGUUGUUGUCUACCGCCUCAUCACGUGCGGAACAAUCGAGGAGAAGAUUUACCGCAAGCAGGUGUUCAAGGACGGGCUGUCUCGUGUGGCGACGUCAUCGCAGAAUCCAUAUCGCUACUUCUCCCGCAAUGAGAUCAAGGCUCUGUUUAAGCUGGAAGACACGUCCGUCUCCGAAACAUUUGUGCAGCUGCAACAGCUCCACGGCAAGCAGAUUGAUGAUGAGGAGCUGGAGGCACACGUGCGGGCACUGCCGGCCACAGAGCUGUCUGCGACAUCAAAUCACGCAUUGCUGUUCAGCAAAGCAAACCAGGACGAGGCUGUGGACCAUUGUGAUGCACACGGCGCCCGCACACGCGCAGCAGACAAAGGGGAGCGGCUGCGACGCGAGGGGCAGGAUGCAGGACAGCAGUCGCGAACACACGCACAACACAAGCACAAGCGCCGUGUGGCUCAUGAAUCUGAUGAUGAUGGUGAUGGUGAUGGUGAUGGUGAUGGUGAUGGUGAUGGUGAUGGUGAUGGUGAUGGUGACGCUGAAGAUCACGGUGAAACACACGACGGACACGCCAGCAGCACCUUAGAAUAUGAGGAUGAGGGCGAAAACGAAGAAGAAGAAGAGGAACGCAAUCACCCAGGACAGCAAGAUGAUGAACAAGAAGCGGAAUGCACAGGUGAAACGAUGGAACAAGCGAUGGACGAGGCAGAUGUGGGCCUUUGCAGUGAUGGCCAUGAUGAACAUGCUGACAGCGAUGGCUGUGCAGAUGAUGAAAACGCAUUCGGCGACGCAGACAGUCCAGUCGUUGGCAGUGCCCACCGCCCCUCUCAAUUGAUUGUCACCUCAGAGGAGGAGGAAGAAGAAGGAGAAGGUGCGGCAUCAAGACACGAUGAUAGCAGUGAUGAUGGCGCUGACUAUGACGAUGCAAUCAACUCCUUCACACACGAUGAAAGGGAUGAAGACGGUGAUGAAGAACUCCACAACGACACUGCCGGUGAUGGCGAUGACGAGGAGGAGGAGGAGGAGGAGGAGGAGGAGGAGGAGGAGGAGGAGGAGGAGGAGGAGGAGGAAGAAGACAGUCGUGGCGAUGAGUGCUUCGGUGAUGAACAUGGCAGUGUUGUGAUGCCUGCGGCCACAUCGUUUCUUGAAAAGUAUCAGGGCGCGAGCAUGAUUGUCAUGGAUGACUCCUUUGGUCAUGGCAGCGCUGGUGAGGACGACGAUGAGGAGGAGGACGAUGCAGAGUCAUUCGACACAUGCGCAAGCGAUUUGGACAUGGAUGUUGCUGGUGCCAAGGAGGGUGAUGCUGGUGAUGUCGGCCGAAGCAGCGCUGCUGGUGUUGAGAACCAAGGUGACAUGGAGGAUUCCUUCUACACGGCCGACGAGCGUGAUGAUGAAGAGCACGGUGAUGAUUCUGCUGACUGUGAGGAGGUGUAUGAUCAGCACGAUGGUGUUGGCACUCCGUCUGCACCGAGCAGCCCCGUCGCCCCGUUUGAGGUGCAUGGCCGCAUGUUUUCCUCGCCAGCGGCUUUUGUGAUGUCACCACAGUCACGUGUGGACACAACAACCGCUCCAGUCUGUUCUCGUCACCAGUCAACCAAGGUGCGUGUCAAUCGAUGCCGCUGUCAUGUGGGCGCAGAAGAACUGCAGGAGUACACGGCACUGGCUGCAAUGGCAAGACACAAGUCAACACCGGCCCGCGCAGCCUUUGAGAUGGCAAUUAAAGCCCUGGACAUUUGCAGCGACGAUGAGGAGAUGCACGCGCUUGCCCUGAGACUUGCGGCUGAUAUGGGUCUCGAACUGUGACACAGAAAGCCCCGAUUUGCGUGGAUGUAUGCGUGCGUGUAUGUGUGUAUGUGUGUGCGUGUGUGUGUGUGCGGGUGUUUUGUAUGUGUAUGUGUUGUGUGUUGCGGUACUUCUUCCCGUUUUGUGCAUCUGCUUGUGCGUACUUUUCGUUUAUUGCAACCAACCAACUGAAUUGGCAAGUAAGUGUUCCUGAUGAAUAAAAUACGUCAAAUGCA